CUGGGCUGAAAACACCAGCCAGCAGUAAUGAGUGACGAUGUCCCUUCUCUGGCGCGCAAACCAGCUCCCCAGAAGUAAAGUUCAUGAAGAGCCGAGGAGCAAAUCCAAGAUCUGUGCCAAUGUUUUCUGUGGAGCCGGGCGGGAGUGUGCGGUGACAGAGAAGGGAGAGCCAACUUGCCUCUGCAUUGAGAAAUGCAAACCUCAUAAGAGACCAGUGUGUGGUAGCAAUGGCAAGACGUACCUGAACCACUGUGAGCUGCACCGUGAUGCCUGCCUCACUGGCUCCAAGAUCCAGGUGGAUUACGACGGCCACUGUAAAGAGAAGAAGUCUGAGAAUCCAGCUGCGAGUCCAGUUGUCUGCUACCAAUCGGACAGAGAUGAGCUCCGUCGCCGUGUCAUCCAGUGGCUGGAAGCUGAGAUUAUCCCAGAUGGCUGGUUUUCCAAGGGCAGCAACUACAGUGAAGUCCUGGACAAGUAUUUCAAGAGCUUUGACGAUGGCGAUUCUCGCUUGGACUCCACUGAAUUCCUGAAGUUUGUAGAGCAGAAUGAGACUGCUGUCAACAUCACCACCUACAUGGACCAGGAGACCAACAAGCUGCUCAGGGGACUCUGCGUAGAUGCCCUCAUCGAGCUGUCAGAUGAAAAUGCUGACUGGAAGCUCAGCUUCAAUGAAUUUCUCAAGUGCCUCAGCCCAUCCUUCAACCCACCAGAGAAAAAGUGUGCCCUGGAAGAUGAAACCUACGAGGAUGGAGCAGAGACCCAGGUGGAGUGCAACCGCUGCGUCUGUGCCUGUGGCAACUGGGUGUGCACUGCAAUGACGUGCGAGGGGAAGAAUGAGAAGGUGCCUGCUCAGAGACAGCGACCUGAUCAAGACUUGACUGAGGAGGAGCUGGCUAGAUACGUUCAGGAACUGCAGAAGCAUCAGGAGACGGCUGAGAAGACCAAGAGAAUGAGCACCAAGGAGAUGUAAGGGGCCUCCACACCGGAGGAGCCCAGGAGGAUGGGCGCAACCUGCCACCCUGUCCUCCAGUGCUGAUCUCAGUAUGCACAAGUGUCUGCUACAGUUGCCCAGUCACAGAUAUUUACAUUGUAUAGCGAUGGGUUAUUUGUUUUGUAAUACACAGAGAAUGGGGCCAGGAAAGGGGAGCAGAGCCCACCUGUUCAGGGAGCUUCAUUGCUGGGGCCUUGGAAGGCUGGGAGGGACUUAGAGCAGCCUCUGGGACCCUUUCCCAGAGCAGACAGCUGCUCUCUCCAAGAGUUAACAGGGAUUUCUUGUUCCCCUGGAUCUUGGGGAAAGGAUGGAGGUCAGUGCUGGAGAGAAAAAGGGGUCUUCAAUUGAUAAAAUUGUCAGCACCGGCCAUGGCUGCAGAAAUACAGGCCCAGCAGUUUUGUGGCUGAGCACGUGUGCUGCAGGGCGUCAUUAGCCAAAGACCUUGCCCUGCUUACCCUCCCCUUUGGGUCGAGCUCCUCAAAGCUGGUCAGCCUGGUGUGACACCUGGAAGUCGUGGUGCCAUGCUGCUGGCAUGAGGCCGGCACAUUCCUCCUUGCUUUCCACUGGACUGUCCCCAGCAGCUCCUCCAGUACAUUGUGGGCUCCAACACAACAUGGUUCCUUUUGACCUCAUCUCACUCUUACUCUCCCUGCCCCUUCCUUAGAGGUGCUAUCAUAUUUUUUCCUUAUCACAUUCACAUGCUGACUCCCCCUUUUGUUUUGUUUUGUUGUUUUUUUUAAUACUUUUAUUUCCUAUGGUAGUAAUUCAGCUUUUGUAUGUUUUGUAGCUCUAGAUCUUUCAAGAAAACCCAGCCCAUGGGUUUUUGUUACUGACAGUGCUGUAAUGCCCAUGCACAGUUUGUACCGCACUGCGCUCAGCCACCACAAACACCACAAGCAACUUGUGAGUCCUGCACUACAGGGUAUUUCUCAAUGGGGGAUGGCAAUGUCCCUCAUAGGAAGAAGAGGCAGGGCUGGAUGUAAUUAGUUUCACCAGGCACAGAUUGACACUGCAGUUCUCUCUAGCUCUUGCUCCCUUACCUAGCAUUGACCAUGUGCUCAAAGUCUGGGCUCAUGCCUCUCUAAAUCACCCAGAGGGAAGUGCCAAGUAGUCUAGAGACAGAGAACCAGGCAGUCCCACUAGUAGGGGAUUUUAAAAGGCUUAACUCUUUGGAAGAGGAGUUUAGUUGGAGUCUGGGCUGUUAGCCACCAUCUUGGGCUUUCCAUCUCCCUCUGGGGUGAGGCAGCAGCAUUAUUCUUUGAUUCCAGGGCUGAGUUUGGAGUCAGGGCUGGAAGCCUCAUUACUGGCCUGUUUCACAGUGUCUUUGAUCAGACCAUCUUUGACCAUUCUCACAUCCCCCUUCAUGGGUCGUUUUUGUCUGACCUGUUUCUCAGAGCAUUGGUCCUCAAUAGAAAUGAAAUGCUCUUUUGUUGACAAUCAUCUCUGUAGCCUCAAGCCCAGCUGAUUUCCUCCUGUGGUUGUCAAAUGUAUUUUAUUCACUCAACACACCUGAAUGUCCUGUUUCUGUGUUCCCUUCGUGCCUCUGCUGUGCAUCCGAAGCAGUUGGAUGCACUGUGAGUUGAGAUGGCUGCUUGUGAUUUCCAUCUUCCUGUUUGUGAGCAACUUCAGCAGUUGUUUCCAGGUGUCUUGCAGUCCCUAGUGCUUACUCAAGUGAAAUCUGCAAAAGCAUAUUCUGCUUGAGUGAAGAUCAGCAGGACUUUUGUCCCAACCUUCCUCUUUCUGCACAGUGCUUUCCUUGGAGCAGAAGAAUGAGCUGGUACCUAGCAAGAGUAGGGAAAGAAUAAAGCUUGGUCCUUCCUGGAGUCUUGCCCAUGGGCCAGAUCUGUUAAAGGCUGGCUGGUCUUUGAGCUGUUUUCCUGAUGUGAACCCAGAGGACUUGCAUUGAUUUUGGCACAGUGCCAUGUUUCCACUGAAAAUCAUAAUCUACCCCACCAUGCUUGGAGGCUUUGGCAUAAUAAAUACAGAAGGAGGCUGGUUCUUUUCCCAUGAAGGUCUGGCUUUGAGAAGCUGUCGCACGUGAAGGUGAGGGAAAUGAGGACAAUGCUACACUGGGAUGGAGUCAUUCUUUGUGUUCUGGUGGCACUGGAGUAAGUGGUUGGUGGAACAGGAGUACCUGUUAACCGUACCCUCCCCCGUCCCCAACAGUAUGAGCAGAACAGUGUUGUGUGCUGGAUCUGGAGUCACAGGAACAUUGUUAGUAAAUGUCUUGCUUUAUCCCGACCCUGCUCUGAAAGGUAGUUCGUGCCUCCCAGCUCACUUCCUUCCAGCUUGGAUCAUUAAAGUGCCUUAGAGAAAACACAACAGCUUGCCUUAAAGGCUUUCCCUGGAUGGGGAUAACAUCUUAGUGUCCAGUCAGGAGAAUCUCCAACUGGGAGAACCAGAGCCUGUGCAGGAAGGGGAGGCCAAUCCACGGCUGAAGGUCUUCUGUAGGCUGCGUUAUGCGAUACGUUCUCCUGUCCCCUUCCUGUCUCCUGUGGACGUGAGGUCUGCAAGGAUGGCUGCUGGGGACAGCUGGAGAGGUGGGUGCUGGCAGUUGAGGUUUACAGAGCUGGUGCUUGCACAGAAGGCAGAGGGAUGGGCUGCCAUCUCAGGCAAGGCAAGCUGAGCUCUCCGACAAGCCAUAGGACAUCUCCUAGGACACCCUGCAGCAGCGGGGUAGGAGUGGGGUGAACAUGCCUCCAUGGAAAGGGGUGCCACGCAACUGUGGAGGGUGAUGCUGGUUCUAAGGGCUAUGGUACCCAAAGGGGACUGAAACAUCUGGCCUCCCCACACCGAGGGGAAGGGUGGCCGCUCGGUGAGCCAUGCCCAGACUGCACACCCCACAGCAGGCUUCUACAGGGUGUCUUGGCUGCUGGGGAAGGAGGUGCUGAAUUCCAGCUGUUGCCCUCUGGGACAAUUGCUGUACAGACUGCAAGGGGCAGGGAAGGCUUUUUUUUUUUUUUUUUCUCCCCGAAAAGCCAAAUUUAAGCAACAAACAAAAAAGUCCCACUUCUCCCUCUAUAUUCCCUCCUGUACGUGUGUGAAAUUUAUCAGUAUUCUGUAGGUUUCCUUAGUGCACUUAUUUUACUUGAUUUUGUAAUUUUUUGAAGCAGAGGGGUUUGGAUAUUACUGCCAAAUAAAUGAAACAAAAUUUAAAAAAUA